UGUUUCACCCUAAACCCCUCUGUCUCGUUGGUGACUCAUCUCCGUCUCUCACUGCACCAUCAACCCAGAGCCGGCGAAGCUUGCCGUUCGCGCCGCCGGAGGAGAGUUUACUGUUGCUUUCCUGUGAAGAUUUUGAGUCAAAGAACAUUUCGUGUUUGGUCACAUGAAAUGAUCUUUGGUUGAUAGUUUGUGUGGUAGCAGAGGAAUCUAUAUAGUCAUGAAGCUUAUUUCACUUGUCAGAAAUUUUCGUUCUCGCCAAUGUCAACCAAAGGCAACCUGGUCUGUGCAAGUGCGUUUCUUGCAACAAGACUCUGUCUCGAAAACUAAACCCAAGAAAUACAAAUACCCAUCAGUUUAUGAUCCUUAUGGUCCUAGACCCCAGCCUUCAAACAAAAUCGUGGAGCUAGCUGAGCGUAUAGCUGCAUUAUCUCCAGAAGAACGGCAACAAAUUGGUCCUGCACUCAAUGAACACCUGAGGCUUCCGAAACAACAGAUGAUUUCAUCGGAAGGCUUGAGUCUUGGAGCAAAACAAGAUGCCGGAGCCGGGAAAGCAGAGGAGAAGAAGGAGAAGACGACUUUUGAUGUGAAGCUGGAGAAGUUUAAUGCAUCUGAUAAGAUCAAAGUGAUAAAAGAAGUGAGAACAUUCACGAGUUUGGGUCUAAAGGAGGCAAAAGAGCUUGUCGAGAAAGUCCCGGCUGUUCUUAAGCUAGGAGUGACAAAGGAAGAAGCUAAUGAAAUCAUAGCGAAGAUCAAAGCUGUAGGUGGAGUUGCAGUUAUGGAGUAAGUGACUUUUGACACUUCAAUUGUGUCUGUUUGAUUUGCUUUUUGGUAUUGUGAUCACAUCUUGGUACGUACGGUAGAUGUUAUGUAAUAACAAAUCAAUUAGUCAUUGAGUCUUCAAAAACUUCACUCAGUUUCCAAUUCCAUCUUUGUAUUUUGCAAGUGACUUUCUAUAAGCUGCGGCCAAUUUUUUUUUA